CCUGUCAGCUGCUCUCUGGUUGUGAUGCGCAUGCGCUCAAUCCAAAACACGCCUCUUCCUUUUAGAGAAGGCCAUGUGGUCAGGCUGCGGUUGGUAAAUAAAUGCUAAAUGGCGACUUUCGCCUAGGACGGGUUUUUCGGGGAUAAACUCUUGACUUCUGUGAAGCCAUUGGGGCCAAAAUGUCUGCGGACGUCGUGAACAUCCAGGCGCAGGUGGAGACGGUGCUGAGGGCUCUGGUCAAGGCGGCGUCGGUGGAGUUGAUCAAACUGUUUGAGAGCAGAUUCCGAGCGGAGCCUGUGGCCGCGGGCCGCGCAGAGGAAGAGCAGCGGAACGUAAGCUUGGAGUCGCUCUGCGCGGUGUGGAACGGGGGCAGCAAGCGAAGCAUCGGCGUGCAAGUGGAGGAGGAUAUCAAGACAACGGUGGAGCUCGACUCUUCCCUUCUGCUUGGUGCGAGUUGCUUGUGGGAGACCAAUAAUGUGGAAGUGGAGAGCGGUCUGGUUCCGUCCGAAGUCCUUCUGGCUGAAGACACUGACCCUCAUUGGGCACCUCAGGAGGAUCAGGUUAAAGCAGAUUCUGUGGAUGCGUUGGAGCUGAGCGGCCUCGAGCUUGACUCUCUCAUUGAUGAUGACUGUCAACUUAAGGAUAUUUUACCUGUCUCUGCAGACGAAGGUUCUGGAACAUUGCAGUGUGGCUCUACCCAGAUAUCACCCGCUAAGCAGAAGCCUCUUCUGAUUCAACCCGAUACGAGACACACGGCUUCUGGGGAGACGGUGAAGUUUGUUUGCCCCUUAAUCCUUACGCCAGACUCUUCGGCUCCUAAAGCUGAGAGUUCAGAGGAGCCCGUUCAAGCUGAGCCUCAGCAAGCCUGUGUGAGCACGGCCAAGGGGACCGCCUACAGCCCGUCGCCGUCCGACGGGGCCGUGACCCCAGCGCAGGUUGGAGUGUGGGAGCGGAUCCACUCGCCGAAAGACUCCAAAAACCAUCUGCAGAUGAAGUUGAAGCUCACCUCUCCAGAUCAAAAGUUGCUUCUUCCCUGCGAGGUACAGCUGGUCAACAUGCUCACAAUACCAGAGAUAAAGACCGAGGGUGACGACGCCGCGAAAACUCUCAACGCAAACAACAAAUCCGGCAGGACUAUCCCCAAAGACCUGCGUCGGCACCAAGGUCCCCACACUGGCCAUCGCCUCUGCUGCUUCACGAGGUGCGACAACGACGUCUGGCGCCUCCAGAACAUCGUCACACACUCCCGCGACGGAUACGUCUGCAGCAACUGCGGGAAGGCCUUCAAGCGCCGGAAGAUCCUCCGGCGACACGAGCGUUUCCACACUGGGGAGAAGCCGUACGGGUGCUCCAAGUGCUCCAAGACGUUCGCGCUGAGGAAGAGCCUCCGCCGCCACCUGAGGUUCCACACGGGCGAGAGGCCGCACACCUGCCCGCAGUGCGGCAAAAGCUUCCGGCUGCGGGACAAUCUGAAGGCGCACCUGCGGUUUCACAGCGGAGAGAAGCCUUUCAGCUGCAUCACCUGCGGGAAGAUGUUCCGGAUCAUGAGGAAUAUGGAGAAACACAAACUGAGCCAGUGCGAUUUCUUCGUGCCCUCAUUCAGAAAGAUCGCCGGCUUGUCGCUGUGAAGGCGGCGGCGGUCACGCGCCAUUGUCUACCUCAGACUGCUAACACUGGACUGCUCAUGGAGACUGUUGUCCCUUAACGCAGAAGAAAGGACACUUUACGUCAAAGGUCUCAAACUGCAUUCCUUGAGGGCUGGAGUCCUGCAACUGUUAGAUGCGUCUUUUGUCCUACACACUUGACUUCAAUGGUGAAACUGCGUCCCUAACAUUCAGUCCAGCUCUCCAGAGCUCUGCUAAUGAGCUAACUUUGGAACCAGGUGUGCUGAAUGCAAAGAGACACCUAAAAGUUGCAUGACACGGCCCUUGAACCCACGAGUGUGAGACCUCUGCUUUAAGCUGUAUCUAAUCCAUAUCAGCUCCUGAUAUUUUGUUUCUACUGUAGCGACACCAGUACUGGUGUCAAGGGGUCAUUUUUGUCUGAAUCCAGCUGAAUGUGGUUUUCUACUUUUUACUUGUUUCUCCUCUUGGAUUUGUCCAGUCAUUGAGUUUCAGCUCUGGGGCGAGGAAAAGUAAAUCAGAUCAACUCUUAACGCCCAGCAAAUGCGAUUGAAUCGGUGAAUGUUUAAAAUCGAUUUAAAAUCCACACGGAUGUGACACGAACAUAGUUUGGUUUUUUGAAACUAACUAAUUCCAAAAAGCUUUGACCCUUUCGCAGAACACUUUAUGCUAGAACAUUUUGCGAGUGCGUUUUCUGAGAGGACUCUGAGCUGAACAGUGCGGUCGUGAUUGAGUCGAAGCAGUUGACUCGGGUAAUGGUUAGCUCUCUUGGCAGUUUGUGGGUUGAUGUUGCGACAGCAUUGGUCAGCCUCCCAAUGGUUUUAAGAGAAAAUGCACCGGGGCUACCGUCACGGGACCUUUGAGACGCAUCCUUUGUCGCCCAUUAGCACAUUGGACAGGGUUUGCCAACACAGAACAACUCACAGGACUUUGUGAAGAAGCUGUGGCGUGUUUUUACCCUUUAAAAUAUAAGAUAUCUGACACUAAUUUCUCUCUGGCCCCACUAAGUUCCACUCCAGGCCUUCUUUGGUUUCACAAUGCCACUUUUAUUGGUGCUUUUUCAAUCAUACCAGGCAGCUAAAGAGGUUCUGUUUGUGGAAAUACGAGUAUGGAAGAGGCUCUGACUUGUUAUGAAUCUGAUGACUUACCUUUGUGUUUUCUGAAUGUAGAUUUCUUAACAAUUCACUGACAUUCUCGUUUUUGCCAAAUGGCCAUUCCUUUCCUUAAACUUAUAACAUUUGCUUUCAGUUUUGUGUCACAACACUUUAAGGCCUACUUUCAUUUGAUUUCCUUCAAAGAAAAAAUCUUUGCAUUUGUUUGUUGGUCCAAAUUUUACGUCCAACUGAAAACGGUCACUGUCUUUGGUCACAUGAUUUAUGAUCUUCUUUGAUGGCGUUUCAGAUUAUUAGGGGUUUUUUUUUUAAGCUUAUAGUUCCUCACAAUCGGAUAGGUGCAGCAGGUUGCUAUGCACUCUACAGACUCACUUGCAGUUUUAGACGGGUUGUUUUAGUUCCUGUUUUUGCUUUUGCUUUGUACAAACUGAACCGAUCCAUUUUGAGUUUGUUUUUUUUUUCUCGCCAUAUGUGUGUUUUUUGUUCUCUAUAACAAACCAGGCUAAUGACCAUGCUAUGAAAGGGUAUAAGCGCCAGUUUUAUUCCAGCUGCUGAUCACUACGCUCCUGUAUAGUUUGUUUUUCUUUUUGUUUUUUGUGUGUGUCCUCGACUUUUUCGAGUAUGAAAUGGAGCCAUCUGCCACAUGACUGUUUAUAUGGACCAUGGUGGUUUCUGUGAUCAUUUUUUUUCUUUUUUUUGCUUGUUUGUUUUUUAUUAACCAGUCAUAGUCUUUCAAAUUUUAUGAGUCGAGUGGCGGAAACAGAUCAGAACCAAAGUGAACAGAAAUAAUGUCAAAUACAAAGCUUUAAGAAAAUAGCAUAGUUCUAUUGUGUGUGAUAGUUUGUUUGUAUAAACAUGUAUCUCAAUAAAUCAUAAAAAUAGCCAAUCACAAAGAAAAACCUAUAAUGAUAAAGUCUUAAGUCCAUAGUUUAUUGAUGGGAAAGGGAGUAAACAGUAACAUGUGGAUAUGAAAGUGAAGCUACUCUGUGAACAAAGUUGGUGAAUGAAAAGAUUUUUUU